GAGAGAGAGAGAGAGUGGCUAGCCCCCCUUUGGAUGACACACUCUCCUCCUCCUCUUUUUUUCUGUAUGCAUGGAUCAAGACGGCAUCAUAUGGAUGCCCCGCAAGAAGUGAUCGCCUCCGUGAAAUAGAAAACAUUAAGAAGGAAUAACAGAGGACUGACUUUCCACAGAGUGCGCAGAGCUGCAAGUUGACUGCAUUUGGACUCAAAAAAAUGAAGCAGAACCUGGAUUGUUUGCGAGCCAGGAUGUCAUCCUUCUACUAAACUAUUUUAUUGAUUACAUGGAUAUUCCACCCAAGGAUUUUCAAACUUCAAGGUAAAACUCUACUAUUGGAACACACCAAAGAAAGAAGGGCAAAAAUGAUGACGGAGGAUUAUAGCCACAUGUCAUUUUAAAGUGGACACUUUGAUGCUUUCAGUCUAAUUAUGUCGUCUCUUACUAAAUACAUGAAAGAAAUAAUAGGCAGCUGAAGGGUUUCGAUCCAGGCACCAAUAUAGUCAAGUGGAAACGCCUGGAGUACCAUUAAAACAAAUCAGAUAAACGCAGUGCCAAGCUUGUCAAUAGCAGCUAUUGAUGAGGUGCUAUAUAAGGCUAAUGACCAGUCCCAGCAGCUGUACUCGUCGCGGCGCAGCGGAAAUGUGGUGCGAAACUUUUCCAGAUGACGAGUCUUUUAAAUGCAGCAUUUUGGAUGAUUAAGACUGGGACUGGAGACUGGAGUGUCUGAUGAGUGAGAUUCUGCAAUAUGAGCACCGAAAGCCAUGAUGGUGACUCAGAGAAGGCGCCAACCUGGGACCCAGACUGCAAGAGGACCGGCGUGGAAACAGCUGACCUUCCUGUCCUGAAAUUGACGAGAGGCGCAGCUGCGGCAGGCAGAGGGGAUGUGAUGGGGUGACGGCUCACAACCUCCCCCGACACAUCCCUAAAACCCACCCGCCCUACCCCCUUCAUUUUUUUCUGACUCAAGCGUAGCCUCAAAACAAUGGAUCACAAUUUGUCAGCGGUGCUAGAUGGCAAACUGUUGCUAUCAGAGUGCGACUCGUCCAGACGGGUGCUGACGGGAUGCUUCCUUUCCCUCCUCAUCUUCACUACGCUGCUGGGCAACACGCUGGUCUGCGCCGCCGUCGCCAAGUUCCGUCACCUGAGGUCCAAAGUCACCAACUUCUUUGUCAUCUCGCUAGCCAUCUCCGACCUCUUGGUGGCCAUCUUGGUGAUGCCGUGGAAGGCGGCAACGGAAAUCAUGGGCUUUUGGCCCUUUGGCGCCUUCUGCAACAUGUGGGUAGCGUUCGACAUCAUGUGCUCCACCGCCUCCAUCUUGAACCUGUGUGUGAUUAGCGUGGACCGCUACUGGGCCAUCUCGAGCCCCUUCCGUUACGAACGAAAGAUGACCCCCAAAGUGGCCUGUCUGAUGAUUAGCGUGGCGUGGACCUUGUCAGUGCUCAUCUCCUUCAUCCCCGUUCAGCUGAACUGGCACAAAGCUCAUACCACCAGUUACGCCGAGCUAAACUUGUCGUACCCUGGCGAUCUGCCUCCUGAUAACUGUGACUCCCGCCUUAACAGGAGCUACGCCAUCUCCUCAUCCGUCAUCAGCUUCUACAUCCCCGUGGCCAUAAUGAUUGUCACGUACACCCGAAUCUACCGCAUUGCCCAAAAACAGAUACGGAGAAUAUCCGCCCUGGAGCGGGCGGCGGAGAGUGCCAAAAACCGCCACAGCAGCAUGGGGAACACAUCCAACAUAGAGAGCGAGAGCUCGUUCAAAAUGUCAUUCAAGCGAGAAACCAAAGUCUUAAAGACACUCUCUGUCAUCAUGGGGGUGUUUGUGUGUUGCUGGUUGCCCUUCUUCAUCCUCAACUGCAUGGUUCCUUUAUGUGAUCCCAACCUACUCAACCACGCCGCUGGUUUCCCGUGCAUCAGCCACACCACCUUUGAUGUGUUUGUGUGGUUCGGCUGGGCCAACUCCUCGCUCAACCCCAUCAUCUAUGCCUUCAAUGCAGACUUCCGCAAGGCCUUUUCCAUUCUGCUGGGAUGCCACCGCCUCUGCCCGGGCAGCAACACCAUCGAGAUCCUCAGCAUCAACAACGCCAGAGUGUCUCUUUCUAAGCCCAACUGUGAGUACCAGCCCAAAGGCCACAUCCCGAAGGAGGGCAACAACUCGGCGGGCUGCGUGAUUCCUCACAGCAUCCUGUGUCAGGAGGAGGAGUUACACAAACUGGACAGAGGAGAACCGGGGGACAACAUGCUGGAGGUAUGUGUGGAAAACAACUCCUUGGACAAACUGUGCCCGGCCAUCUCGGGGAAUUUAGACAGCGAUACGGACAUCACGCUGGAAAAAAUCAAUCCCAUAACACAGAACGGACAGCACAAAGCUGCAUCCUGUUGAGACACUCCACAAACAUGCCUCACUGAGACAUCGGUACCUUAGUAUUGUCGACGCCAAUCUACAAGGAAAAACCUUCUGAAUGUUUCCAAGUAAAGGCACUUUAUCCUGCUUAAACUAACUGCAAAAUGAAAUUAUGUGGUGUGGAAACUUGUACACAUUUGUAUUCUGUACAGUAGUCCCAAUAGGCUUUUAAUGGUAUAUAGUGCAGAGGACAAUGUAGAAAAAAAAAACAUUAGCAAAAUGUGUGAGUCGGUACAGGUGUGUGCGUUUGCUGGCUUGGGGUUGGGGCAGGCGUGUUGAAAAUGGGUUAAAUAUUUUAAGUACAGUUUUCAUACGGCAGUUUUUAGUAAACACGUCUACAGCUAGUUUGGGGAAGCAGACAUUUGGUUCAUUCCACAAAGCCACCAAGGCUUAAUGGAAGUCCUCUAAUGUACACCAAAAUAUGUCAAUUGUGGGGUUUACCAGUAUUCAUCAGCCCCUUUCACACAGCUGGGUAAAAUGCAUCGACACUGAAUGAGGAGAACUCUGUAGUUUUCUGGCUCCUAAAGGCUGUAUCAGUGUCAUAACAGCGGCAAGAUGGUGCCUAUGGGAAAGGGUGGCACUUAUUCUGCCCUGUUGGCCAUUGUUGUUACGCAUCUAAUUAUGGCAAUAUCCUGCUUUGCUAGGUUGUGUUACGGCUAUGAUUGUGUGAAAGAGGCUAAUGAGUGGGCUACCCAGGGUCCAUUUUACUGUUGUGUUUAUCCCUUGAUCCCUACUGUUUACUUCCUUUCAAGCCUCUUGUGUUUACUUUCUUUCAUUCCCUAAAUAUGAGUGGCUUUUGUAUUUGUUUUGUCCCCCCACUCCCUCCACUCACUUCACUAUUCUGUCUCUUUUUGCACAGUCCUCGAUGUAAGAUGAAUGUAAGUCUAGAGUCAAAUAAAUAACUCUAAAGUCGGAA